ACUAUUUAAAAAAGGUAGUUGUAAAAAAGAAAUUAAUGCUACAGAAAACGAAAGACGUCUUUUCAAAGAUAUUAAUUUCUUGAUUGUUAACACUGAACAACAGCUCAAGAUCAACCUUUGUGACAAAUGUCUGCAUCUGUUGACUAAAAUUUGAAACCUAAUAAGCUUAUAACAAGGUCAACAGUUUUCGUCCACUUCUGGAUAAUUAAAAUAUCUGUGUCGGUGUGAAUUCCCAGAUUCUGUGUAAUUGUUAAUUUGUUUAUCUCAAUUGUGUUCGUGUCCGCGAAAAUGAUCUAUACGUUGUUUUUCGCAAUCACAACGUUACAUGAACAUGGAUGACCUAAAAUGCGAAUACGUAAAGAAAAAAAGAUGCUUUGCAUUGAAUCCAGAAGUGCCAAAUAAGAAAGCAAAUGAUGACAACAACAUCGAAUGCCUGCAAUCAGAGGUAGUCGGAUUAUUCGUUUGUAAAAAGUGUUGCAGUAUCAAAAGUGAAAAUGUGAUGUGUCAAACUGAUUGUUUACCUCACAACAGACAGGUGACGGUGAGAGUUUUAUAGAAGUGGUUCGCCAGGGCGGCGGGAGGUGGGCGGAAUGUCGGACCACUCGAGUCCACACAACGGUGGCUAUGAUGCUGCUGAGACCACGAGAUUGUCGGUCCGCAAGGACCUCUUUCCUGACGAGAGUUCCGCCAAGUCUGGAACUAGCUCGGAUUCGGAUGAGCAGGACCAGCUCGAAGACUAUUCCUGUGUUAAACUGGAAACAGACUUCGAACAAAGCAUAGAUGAUAUAGCACAUCAGAAAAUGCAGGUUGUGAAUGGAGCUAUUCCGAAAGCACCACGGUCCCGACACAAAAAGCACAAGCAGCGAUCAAGGCGUGAAUCAAAUCAGUCAACACUUAAUGGUUAUCUUCCUUCAGAAAGGAAGCGAAAAAAACAUUCUCGUGAACGCAGUAGGACACAUAAGAGUAACAGUGUAGUCUCAAAAGGUGGUAAAAACCUGAAUUUAGUAAGUAGUAGUGAGUGUCAACAAGACGAGGAUGAAGGUGACUCUGCUGGUGAAAAUGAAAGUUCAGAAGAUGAAGUGCUAGAAAGAAGUGUUAAGUUGAAAUUGAUGCCGCGGCUGAGUGGUAAACCAUACAGUCAUGAACUUAGUCAAUUAUCCUCUAAAAAGAAUAAACGUAAAGACUCUUCUAAGGAGCAAAGGACUCACAUAGUGACCCCGUGUAGUGGUAAACCUCGGUCAAUGCUAGGACUGUGUAGUUCUCGUAGCAAAAAGAAAUCUAAGAAGUCUGAAUGUACACCCACAUAUCGAAGUCAGAUAGUGGAUACCAGUACUAACCUAAAGAUUAAAAUUAGGAAAACAAGUGUUCAGGAAGCAGUGAGUAUAAUCGAACCGGCACCAAAAUCAAUGUCGGAUAUUGGUCAAAGAAAGUCUAGAAAGAAACGUGCAGCAUCUCCCGUCCCAAGCGAGAGUUCAGGCGAAGAGUAUGACCCUUCACGUGGUGACACUGCAGCGGCUAUGAGCGUCGCAGCGCCCAAACCACGUACUAGACAGAAAGCUCCACGGAAACCUACUAAUUCAAAAACUAAAGCUCAAAAGACUGAAAAAAGUAGAGAUAGUCCCGCAGUCAGAGACAUUGGGCCACAAAGUCCGUGGGGCACUUCGGUGCCUGUGGAAAUUCUAUCCAAGAUAUUUGAUAAUGUAGUAGUACAACAGGGAUCCCUACCGACUAUUGUAAGAUUGGGUAAAGUAUGUAAAUUAUGGUAUAAUGUAAGUUGUAAGGCUGACUUCUGGAGAAAUGUGGAUCUCUCACAACACACUGUAGAAAAAUGCAAAACUGAUUACAAACUGGUGUGGCUGCUUGAGAACAGAUUGUCCAAGUGUCAGACUUUAAAUCUUGCUCAAUGGAAUGUAAAUAACGUGACAUGGGUGCUAGCGUGUUUGGCGGACUAUUGUCCUGACCUAGUAGAGCUAAGCGUGGCCGGCUGGAGUCGCAUCACGCCUGACCAGCUCUACGACCUAUUUCAAGGUUUGCCUAAGAUGCAGAGGAUCGAUUUGUCGUCGUUGUCAGAAACAGGCGGCCUAAGCACGUGCUUAUCAGCGGCUUCAGUGGCGCGUGUGUUGGAGCCUUUCGGAGGUCGGCUUACCCACCUUACGCUUGCCAACAACAAAUUCUCGGCCUUACAGCAAAUUCUAACAGCAGUAGCGAGUAAUUGUCCCAACUUGGAAGUCCUGGAUAUAUCUGGUGCGCGGGCCACGUCGCAUCCAGCCGCAGUACCACUUGAAGCACUUCAACGUGGUUGCACUAAGCUGCGUGUUUUCCGCGCUGCAAACGCGCAGGUUGUACUCGCCAACGCAACCACCUCGCAACAGAUGGAAGCCAGAGGUUGGAGUAUGUUAGAAGAACUAUCAAUAGCGGGUGACGCAGCCUCCGAAAGGAAUGCGGUUGGAGAAUACCGGUUUGGGGAAGAGGCUUUAGCGCGCCUUGUUCGUGGCGCUACGAGGCUUAAACUUUUGGACCUAAGAGGACUUCAACGUUUGACCGAUUCGGGAUUAGUGCGCGUACCUGCUUGGGAUCUACAGCAUCUUUUCCUUGGAGGAUGUAACGUGACACGUCAGAGCACGGCCUGUCUGGAGUUGAUCUGCGAGAAGUGGUCCCACAGCCUCCUGGAAUUGGAUCUGUCGUGGGCUUCAGCCACAAGACCACUGGAUGAUGCUGUGGCAGCACUUGCAGAUGCCACGGAUAGCAGAUUACGUAUCUUGAACCUUUUCGGCUCGUCGGUAUCACUGGAACCUGUCAAAAAAGUGUUGUUAAAAUGCACCCAAUUAGAAUCAAUAAAUUUAAGCUUGUGUCGAGCUUUGCCCCGAGGCAUGAAGCGUCUGUACACCGGCAAGGAAUUAGAAGAUUUAAAAAUCAGUUUUGAUCCCGAGAGAGCGAAAAAUUCCGAAGAGAAGAUGAAAGAUAAUAAAAAAUCUAAGAAAUCUAAACUACAUUCAGAUAAAGAGGAAAAGAAGGCGUCGGCCGAUAGUGCUUCUGAGAGUUCUAGUACUUUGGAUAUAAAGUCUCCAGACAAGUCUUCCCCAAGCGUAUUUCAAGAACCGCGAAAGGUCACCGACGUAGCUGGAACUGACAAACAUUCCGCUGUCGAGGCACAAAUUAAAUCCCCGCUCAACACUAAGCUAGUUCCGUCGCCCAAAGAACCUUCAGAAGCUGUGACGUCUCAAAACGAAUCUAAAUACUCUUCGUCCAUGUCCAAACUAUCGAGUCCUCUCGCUCAGUUAAAACCGGACUCCUCUUCUACUCCGAGAUCCGACCCAAUGAAGGCGGACUUAGGAAGUCCACAUUUUAGCCCCGUGCAGAAACCUGACAGCCAAGUCCCGAGUAGUCCCGAUGUCCAGUCGGAAAUCGUAAAAAAUAACGCCUCCUGGAACGUCCCUUUCAAAAGAACACCGAAUCACAAAUCUGAAGCGAGUCCCUUAAAUAGAUUGGAGAGUCACAACAAAAUAAAACAGACUAAGGUCAUAGAACAAUGCAGUCCUACCACCUCUUUAGAAAAUAAACGUAGCCCGGAAACGAUGGGUGUGAAACCAGAUAUAAAAAAUCCAAACACCUGGAACUAUGGCAGCUACAGUCCGAUGCCCAGGCAGGAUCAGUUCCCGUCUCAACACAGUCCCUACUCUGCUCAACCUAGUCCCGCCCAGCCCAGUCCCUACUCGACUCAACCCAGCCCCUACUCCACCCAACCGAGCCCCUAUUCUUCUCAGCCCAGUCCUUACUCCGCCCAACCCAGCCCGGACACGAGCCAAAUGGUAAAGACGGAUCUUCAGAAGUCUAACGCUUGGAAUACCGGAAACUACAGUCCUCUCGCGAAACACCACGCUCCCUUCUCUCCUCACCCCGCGACCCACACGAGUCCAGAUCCUGGCUUGGGGGUCAAGAGCGACAGUCUGAGAAAUAAUCCAAACAAAACUCCCGGUCAGUACAGCCCCAUGUCUCGGCCGCAACACCAUAGCCCCUACUCGCCGCGACCGGGCAUAGAUAACAGUUACGGCAAUAAAAAGAGCCCCGGAGUGGCCGGCAAAUACAGUCCCAUGAUGCGCGCUGAUUGUCACUUGCCCAGUCCUGAAGGCGGGCACGCCGCUCGACCGCACCUGAGCAGAAGUCAGGAGAUGUACGGGCGACCGAAGGCACCGGACGUCAUGCAGAGUCUUCCGACGCCCGACAUUCCAACAUCGUGGGGCCUAGACAGAUACGGUCAGAUGAGCACGAGUAUCGAGUCGCUCGUGUGGAGCGGUGGGGGGCUGCAACAGCGAGUCGACAGCGCGUCGGUAUCGCAGCCCCAGUGGCCGGACCUGUCUGCCUUCGACACCUCGCGGCGCUCCGAAGCGAACGACCCCUGGACCUUGGGCCAGUUCCGCAUCGAGCCGCCCCAUCAGGUGCACAACACGUUCGUCGAGCAGAACGUGACGUUCGACUCUUUGGCGUCACACCUCCCAUCGCACCAGUCGUUGCCCACUUUCCUCGACGACAGCUUUACGGAGACGUCCCGCGUGGACUGACGCCCCCGGGCGAAAAUGGCGGCCGCCGGGGCCUGACGGACGAUUAUCGUUAGACAUUGUAAAUAAGAUUAUCUAAAUAAAUUUUAAGAGUAAUAAAGCUAGAAAUGCAUGAAAUUAUUUUGCGGCCGAUUCGUGUUUUUUUGAAAUCGCAAAUUAUUUAUUAUAAUUUAGUGGUGAAAUCGAGUCAGAAUUUGUAAUUGUUGUUGUUUUGUUUACGUUUAAAAUGUCGCAAUUUUGAUUGAUUACGAUGAGAAUUGCGAUUUUUAAGGGUGAACUUAAUUCUGUUAGUAUCUGUGUACGUCGGAGGGACGCUCGCGUCACGAGGAUAUCGUUGUUCGUAUUGAUUGUUCGUUGUGAUAUAUUGAUAGAACGUUGUGAAGCAAUAAUAACUAUAACGCAAUCCUUGCGAAUCUUUCGUUGUGACGAUGAUAACACAAAUGUGAAACUGUUAUUAAUAGAAAACAAACAUAUUGUUUUAUAAACAAGGAUACAAUAGAUUUACAAUUUUGACAAUUGACAUAUGAAAUUUAAACAAUCACGAACGCAAUGAAGUUGUCAUACAUGUUUUAUAUUUCAAUAAACAGAAACUAGAGCAUACAUUCCGUACAAAAGCAACUUGAAAUAUGGCUAUAAUGCUUAUAAAAUGUGGUAUACUUGAGAAAAUUUUGAGAAAGCAAUACCGGAUAAAAAAAUAAGACAAUCCCAAGUUUCUCCUUAUUUUACAUCAGGGACUGAUCAUUUUUGUUAUGCUUUAUAUAUUAUGUCAUAUAUUUAAUAUGAACGCACGUCAGCAGCUAUUAAACUAAGUAUUUUUUUAUCGAGUAAAUAAUUUUUGUUGUGUUUGAAAAGUUGAACAUUCAAAUUUAGAACUAGUUAAAUGUAUAGAACUAUAUCGAAUGAACUACUUCAAACAAAUUAAAACUAAUGGCGGGAAUACAAUUUAAACGACAGCUUAGAAUCAUACUUUGUAUUAAAAUAAAAUAGGCCAAUUGCUGAAUUUUAUUAAUUAAAUCAAAUGAUUAAAAACACCAAUCUCCACUAUAUUUGCAUUAUAGCCUGAUAUUGGAAUAAGAUAUAUCAUUUCUGUAUUUAAGUAAUGUUUUUUUGUUAACCGAUAGUAAAUAUUUAGAAUUAUUGGUAGUCAAAUGGUAGCAUCGCAUUAUGCACUUAUUUGACAGCAUUUUAUAUUUUUUUACCUAAUUUAAUUUUUAUACUUUUACAGACUCUACCAAAUCGUGAAUAUAAAUUUUUAGUUGGGUUUGUUUGCGAACGGAUAACUCGAGAUUAUAUAAAUUCAUUGAAAGCAAGUACAAAGUGCUCAGACAGCAAGUUUCGUUGUAUUAAACCCGCGUUUCCACCAAAUAUUGUUUACAAUACCUGCAUAAUUAGCCUUAUAAUGCCUAAUCUUUAAACUGAAGAGAAUAUUAUAUAGUUUUAUUAACUUAUUACAAAAUGAAGAAUAUUAUCUACUAUACAUAGAAUGUAUAAAAUAUUGAUUUAGGUAAAUAUAAAUUAACGUUAAAAUAAUUGUGUACUAUAGUUUGUAUAAAAGUUGACUAAUACCUAUAAGUUCUGUUAUGUAGAGAUUUUUGUUUGUAAUAUUGUUAAAACUACUGCGGACUUCUCACGAGUGGUCCAAUUUUUAUAAUCUAACCAAUAAAAUAUCGAUGUGGUUGUAA